CUGGGUUCGUAUACCCUUUCCCUCUCACCAAAGAAAGUACCAACUUAUUAGUUUGCAUGAUUUGAGUUUUUGUAGACUAGUUGGGCAACUAACCAAUGUCAUUACCUGCUUUAAACCAAAUAGCUGGAGGGUGGGAGGAUGGAAAUCGCAUAGCCUGCUCUAGUUGAUGAGAACCACCCUCAAUCCACUGACUCCUCUCCGCAUCAUCAUCAAGGCCCGACACCCUUUCCCCAUCCCCAUCUCCUCCCCAAACUUCCUCCUCCGAUCCUCCUCCAACUUCCGGCCAGAACUGACCGACGACGACGCCGCCUUGGUCCGCGUCCUCGACGAAUGCCAGUCCCCUCACUCCCUCCCGGCCCUCCGCGAUCUCCACUCCCGCCUCCUCGACCGCGGCGUCGCCUCCCACCCCUCCGUCCAGAUCAAGCUCAUGCGCGCCUACGCCGCCUGUGGAGACCCGGCACGCGCCCGCCGCGUCUUCGACGGCGCCUCCGCCAACGCCACCAUCUUCUUCAACGUCAUGAUCCGGAGCUACGUUACCCACGGCCUCCACCGCGAAGCCCUCCUCCUCUUCUCCCAGAUGGUUCGUCUCCACCGUGCGAAGCCCGACCAUUAUACCUUCCCCUGCGCCCUCAAGGCCUGCUCGGACUCCGAGAACCUCCAAGGCGGCCUCCAGAUCCACGGCGCCGUCGCCAAGAUUGGCCUCGAUGCCAACCUCUUCGUGGGGAACACGCUUAUCACUCUGUACUCCAAGUGCGGCCGUUCCGAUGACGCGUUCCGAUUGUUCGGUGAAAUGUCACACAGGGAUGUUGUCUCUUGGAAUGCGAUGAUUGCCGGGUACGCGCAGAACGGCCAAUUUGAACGGGCUAUUGAGGCCUGUAAGGAGAUGGUGGCCGUCGGGAGGCCGAGGCCUGAUGCUGGCACCAUGGCAAGCAUCCUUCCGGCUUUGUCGAACAGUGAGCGGACCAAUGUCGAGUUCGCGCGUAAGAUGUUCGAUGAAAUGCCUAGGAAAGGAUUGGUUUCUUGGAAUGCCAUGAUUGCAAUCUAUGCAAACAACUCCAUGGCGGCGGAAGCAGUGGAGCUCUUCUUGCUGAUGGAGAAGGAAGGAGUAGAACCCGAUGCAGUUACAUUUGCCAGUGUUCUUCCUUCUUGUGGGGAGGUGUCAGCUCUCUCGGUGGGAAUUCGGAUUCAUGAGUUCAUCAAAAGGAAGAGAAUGUGCCCAAAUCUGGUGCUCGAGAAUUCACUGGUGGACAUGUAUGCUAACUGUGGAUGCCUGAAGACUUCAAGAGAGGUUUUUGAUGGUAUGAAGGGUAGGGACGUUGUGUCCUGGACUUCUAUUAUUGCAGCAUAUGGUAUGCAUGGAAAUGGCAGAGAAGCCAUUAGCUUCUUCGAACAGAUGCAAGAAUCCGGACUAAAACCCGACCACAUAGCCUUUGUUUCGGUCCUUGCAGCUUGCAGCCAUGCAGGCCUUUUGGAUGAAGGAAGAUAUUACUUUAAGCGUAUGCAAGAUCAGUAUCAGAUGAUUCCAAGACUCGAGCACUUUGCUUGCAUGGUGGACCUCCUCGGCCGUUCUGGCUGCAUUGAAGAAGCUUAUGCUUUCAUCAGACAGAUGCCCAUGGAGCCAAAUGAGAGAGUGUGGGGAGCUUUGUUGGGUGCUUGUCGUCUUCACUCUAAUAUGUCUGUUGGGUUGGUGGCAGCAGAUAAUUUGCUCAGGUUGGUUCCAGAUCAAGCUGGGUAUUAUGUUCUAUUAUCCAAUAUUUAUGCAAGAGCUGGUAAAUGGGAGGAUGUGAUGUCAGUGAGGAGCAUCAUGGUGAGCAAAGGGAUCAAGAAGAUGCCAGGUUGUAGCAAUGUGGAACUCAGGAAUAGGGUUCAUACCUUUCAUGUGGGAGAUAGGUCACAUCCUCAGUCUAAGGAGAUGUAUGCAAAAUUGGAUGUCUUGAUGGGGAGGAUGAAGGAGUUAGGUUAUGUUGCUGAGACUGAAGCAGCUCUUCACGAUGUGGAGGAGGAAGACAAGGAGGGCCAUUUGUCUAUGCACAGCGAAAAGCUCGCGAUUGCAUUUGCAUUAAUAAAUACCGGUCCAGAAAUACCUAUCAGGAUCAAGAUGAACCUCCGGAUGUGUGGAGAUUGCCAUCAUGCUGCCAAGUUCAUUUCAAGUAUCACCGGGCGUGAGAUUAUCCUCAGGGACACGAAUAGGUUUCAUCAUUUUGAGCAUGGCAUUUGCUCAUGUGGUGAUUACUGGUGAUUGCCCAGCUUGAUUCAUGAACUGUAUUUAUUAUUUACUGGAACAUUUCAAUCGAUGAUCUAAAUUUUUAUAAUGAAGUUCAUGUCGUGAGCUGGCAAUCUCAGAGACGUUUGAAUGGAUAUUUUGAUCAGACCAGCAUAGGCUAUAGCAUGCAGGAUCCGUUUUAGUGCAUAACAAAUGUUGCAUAAAGUAAGAAGAACCAAGAAACAUCCAGACGAGUCUUCAUUCCGACUUCUUAGAUGUGCUUCUUUUGGAUCGAAUGAAGCAUCAAUCAUCCACUGGCCUCGAGGCAAGCUGGUUGGAGGUCGCUGGCCAAAAGCGGUCCCAACUGCAAGUUAUUUGUGGUGAAGCGAGCGACAGAAUCUCCAAGACCACUAGAUAGAAAAGAUGUGGUUAGGAGUGUUAGGAGUUGAUAAGAGGAGGGUGAGGAGCUCCACCAUGUGCUGAUGAGUUGUACAAGCUUUUUGAUCAAAGAAACAUUAUAUAAGCUAGCCCAAAGGCUAUUAUGUUGCCCAACCCACUACUACCUAGGUCAAGAGUUACUGCCGUUUGGUUUGCGGGAAGAGCUUUUCUUCCCAGGGGUCAAGGAGCAACCAGGACAAUUGGGAUGUCUUGGUUCAAGAGAGAACCCGUGUUUUGCACCUAUACCAGGCAGGACAUGCCGGGACCGUGAGGACAUGAAUCCUUGAUUGUAACUAAUAGAGAAAUUACGAAUUGAACAAGGGCCAAGUGGUGAAUAGGUACAUGACUUCUAUGAGCUGGAUAAAAUGGUGGAAGCUUUUCACGUUCAAACAUACAAUUUUCCUUUGUUCA